GACCUGUGACAGCUCAGACAGGAAGUAUGGUCACAGGCACGUCACGUGACCCCCUCCUCUGCUCAUCAGGCUUUGAUCAAUCUCCAAAAAUCAUGGCGAGAGGAUGCAAUGUGCCAGCUGUGUGUGCGCUGCUUGUGCUGCUGACUUCCAGCAUGCUGCGACACUGCGGCGCUCUGCGCACCAAGGGCACCCUGUCUCUGGACCAGAUCACAUUCUAUAAGGUUAUUCCUAGAAGUAAAUUUGUGCUAGUAAAAUUUGACACUCAGUAUCCUUAUGGAGAAAAACACGAUGAGUUCAAACAAUUAGCUGAAAGUUCGUCUUCUAGUAAAGAACUUCUAGUGGCUGAUGUUGGCAUUUCAGAUUAUGGAGAUAAGCUAAACACGGAGCUGGGUGAGAGGUACAAGCUGGAUAAAGAAAACUACCCUUAUUUCUACCUGUUUGUGGAUGGCAACAUUGAUAAUCCUAUACCCUAUACUGGAGUGGUUAAGGCGAGCGCCAUCCAACAUUGGUUGAAGACCCAUGGGGUAUACUUGGGGAUGCCGGGCUGCCUUGAGGAAUAUGAUAUACUGGCAGGAGAAUUCAUCAAGUCAUCCAGUAUUGAAGAGAAAGGUGAACUACUAAAGAAGGGUCAGGCCUUGCUGCCAGAUGUCGGAGAGGUGGAAAAAAAGUCUGCAGAGCAAUAUCUCAAGAUAAUGAGUAAAAUCAUUGAUCAAGGAGAGGACUUUGCCAGCAGCGAGUUUGAGCGCAUUACGAAACUGAUUGAAAAGAACAAAAUGAGUGAAUCCAAGAAGGAAGAUCUCCAGAAAAGACUUAACAUUAUUAGUAGCUUCCAGAUCAAAAGCCGAGACAAGGAAGAGCUCUGAUCACAGACUAACGUAUUAUGCUUCCAUCCAAACAGUAUUCUUUUAAUGUUACCUGGCAUUGUACAAAUAACACUCGGAGACUAUCAACACAGCACUCUGAGUGAAAGCUGUAAAUGCUUCUAUCUUAGUAUUUGUCUAAUUUACCACUGAGUUUUACCAUAAAGUUAUACAUGUGUAAAACUAUUGCAU